UCAUUAGCAACAUAUCGUGAAACUGAUCCGCUCGGGUGGUGCUCGUCGGCGCUUUUGUUCCGCUUCCGUCGGCAUCUCACUGCCCCUUGUAUGAUCAUCUCACCGGCGCCGCUUUAGGACGGGACUGUAACAGGUGUUCCUGCUGCCACUGUAGGCUGCGGGUUGUCUACUGCGAUUGUCUCAGUGCUACUUCAAGUAGAAUCCGAGUUUGAGUAAGAUUCAAGUCAAUGGAGUUAUGAUGUGAUGAUGGUGUGUGAUGGUGGAAUGUGAGCAGCAACGACCGAGGGGCAUGAAUGAAAAGAAACCCUACGCUGCUCAAGUGAUUUCAUGUCGCUCUGUAAUUAAUUCAGUGUAUCUGUUGUGGUGAAAUAUCUGACAGCGUAGUCCCUCGUUCCCAUUUAUCUUUUCGUACGAAAAAAAAUCCUAGCCGUUGCGGAGCUGGGAAGCUUUGGGAAAGUUUUAGCGGUGGACGGGAAGUUGAUAGCUGCCUCACACCACACACUAGGAAGUAGAGGAACCCUUCGUCAGUGUGGCCUAAAUUUACAAAAAUAGAAAUGCCAGCCUGGAAAUGUGAUUCCAUGAAUAAUUUAAUGUUGAUAAAAAAUCAAAUCUGAAAACUCUGGAGGUUGACAAUUCCCGUUUUUUUCUGCCAUAAGUGAAAUAUGAGAUGAGUACUUGAUGUGAAGCUGAACAUUGUGAGACAAACCUAUUGGGCGGGCGAGCAAGACACAGUUGUGAAGCGCUGGAAAGAGAGGAUAAGGAAAAGGUGAAUAAAGUAGUGUCAUCAAAAAAACAAAAACAAUUAAAACAGCGUUACACACAAAAAAAUCUGGUGCAUUGGAUGAGCCUAAUGGUGGUGGGCGGUGAAUGAAGGUUUGAAAGCAGGAUCCGCUGGUGGAAAGUGGCGGCAUGAAGGAGGCACCGUGGCGGCGGAGUAGGAGGAGCGUCGUGACGGUGUCCUGGACGUCGCGCAAUGCCGGACUCUCCGUCAUGGCAAAGAACCGCCAUUUUGCCCUCAGACCCUGACAACUGCAGUGCGUCGUGGCACCGCCAAGCACCAGCCUCUGAGUGGCGAGCAUGAGCCGUUGCAUCAACCACUACCAUCGUCCGCUGCGGUGAAGAUGACGCCGAUCUACCAGUAUAUCAUCCCCUACGCCAUCCUCCUUGCCAUCAUCAACUCCUAUACACACACCAGGGUGGUGUCGUCAGCAGGGGUUCUGGGCGCCCACCUGCUGUGUUCGCGGUUGCCCGGCCUCACACCCCGUCAGAGCCGCAUCUGCUCACGGGCGCCGGACGCCAUGGUGGCUAUCAGCGAGGGUGUGCGGGCGGGUCUGCGGGAGUGCCAGCGCCAGUUCCAGCACCACCGAUGGAACUGUUCCCUCACCAGUACUGGCACCAGCUCGUUUGGCCAUGUCGUCCUCGUGGGGAGCCGCGAGGCUGCUUACACGUACGCGGUUACUACAGCCGGAGUGACCCAUAGCGUGACGGCCUCCUGCGCCCGCGGCAACAUCUCCGCUUGUGGGUGUGACGAACGGAAGAGAGGACGAUACAGCUCCUCGGGGUGGAAAUGGGGCGGUUGCAGCGCAGAUAUUAGAUUUGGGGUAAGGUUCGCGCGCAAGUUUCUGGACGCACGCGAGGUGGAAGGGGACGGCCGGGCCCUCAUGAAUCUCCACAACAACAGGGCAGGACGCAGGGCGGUGCGCAACGCGAUGAGAACCCAGUGUAAGUGCCACGGGGUGUCUGGCUCCUGCACCGUGAAGACCUGUUGGAAGACGCUGCCGCCCUUCACUCUCGUUGGAAAACACCUCUUCCACAAGUACAAGAAGGCCAAGUCUGUCACUGUGCAUAAGAGUCGCAGAAGAUCAUCGCUUCACCUGCGGCUAAUGCGUGCUAAGAGAAGAGGUCGGAGGCCUCGCAAGUCUCACUUGGUUUACUUAGAAAAGAGUCCUAAUUACUGCCAAAUGAACCCCGCAGUGGGGUCACUUGGCACAGCAGGGCGCAGCUGCAACAGAACCUCGUCAGGGUCGGGCGGAUGUAACCUACUGUGUUGUGGCCGAGGCUACAAUACUCACCAGUACACACGCACGUGGCACUGUAAUUGCAAGUUUUACUGGUGCUGUUACGUGCAGUGUAACACCUGCAUGGAGGACGCCGAAGAGCACACGUGCAAGUGAACUCCGUGGUGUUAUGCACGGUGGUGAUGUGAGGGUUUUUUUUUUGGGGGGGGGGGGAGGCGUCACUGUGAGAAAAAUUUUAUUUCUUUACGGAAUGGCACAAAGGACACUUUCUUUCACGUAACAUAAAAAAGUUCUGAGAUGGUUUUUGUAAAAGCUUUAAAAUAAUGUCUUGCGAGUACCCAACUGUUAGGAAGCAUUGCUUGCGAUGCCUCUCUGGUUAUGUGGCUCGAUGGAUAAGUGUCUAUAAGAUGGUUGCUCUUGGACGGCCCUUCUGUUAAGCAACUCCACCGAAAACUGUAAAGUCUUUGUUCCUCCAUGUGUCUGUCACUAGCUGGUGCACAGUCAGAAAACAGUAUCAAGUUCCAGUGCGAGUUGGAGUCAGGCAAUAAAGUGUGAACUCAUGGCGUACGAUCUUCACUAUGGGGCAGCUCAUAGCUCUGCCCUGAAGCAGCUGUUUGCUGAAUCCCACCAAGAGUAUCCGCUGACACUCUCACUGUGUCUAAACAAUUUGAGGAUGUUCGUAAUAAGUGUUUCUAGCUUGGAAUGUAUUGAAUGCUGUGAGAAUAUUUGCAUAUCAUUCCUUGAAUUAUAGACUAUGAGACUUUGUGAACAAUGGAAGUCUUAACAGCAGCAAGGAGAAGAGCUUUCAAAUAUAUUUUUUACAAUAUAUGUGAAAUUAUGAA